GCGUGACGUCACUCCAAACAAGGAAGUGCUUUCUCCAGCAGCGAUGAGAAGUCCUGUCCGUGAAGGGGGCAACCAGGGUGGAAUUUAACACAUCCAUCACCACCGGUACCAAGUUGCUGACAACAAUGUCUCCCGAUGAGCUGGUCUACUUGGGAAUCCUGGCAGCCUCCAUCCCUGUGGGAUUCCUGUUCCGUUACUUGAGUCCUCCAGUCAAGCAAGGGGCCGCGCUGCUUGUGGGUCUGUCCAUCACCAUCGCCACUUGUCAUGUUCACACACUCCAUUCCCUGGUGACGGUGCUGGGAACGUGGAUGAUCAUCAGGACCAGCUGGAGGCUGGCCCCCGGAUUGAGUCUCUUCUGGACCUUCCUCUACCUCCUCUUCUUCCGGCUGGUCACAUGGUUUGGUCUCCCGCCGCCGACACCGUUUGCCAACGCCGUCCAGCUCCUUCUCACCCUGAAGAUGGUGAGCCUGGCCAACGAGGUGCAGGCCUUCCACACGGAGAAGAAAAAGGAAGUGAGCUCCUUCGCUAGGACCUCCUCCAUUGGUGGUCUGUCCAGAGAACCCUCCUUGUAUGACAUCCUGUCCUACAGCUACUGCUAUGUUGGCAUCAUGACAGGCCCCUUCUUUCGCUUCCAAACGUACUCCGACUGGCUGCAGCAGCCGAGACCGCUGGCCCUCCCCGGCUGGGGGCCGUGCCUGCAGCGGCUGAAGCCGGUCCCCGUCUUUGGGGCCCUCUUCCUGGCUGUCAACUCCUUCUUCCCGCUGGCUUACGUUCGCUCCGACGACUUCCUGGAUCACAACGUCUUCUUCAGAUUUUUCUACAUGAUAGCGGUGUUCUUCGUCUUCAGGAUGCGCUUCUACGCGGCGUGGUGCGGCGCCGAGGCCGGCUGUAUCAGUGCGGGUCUCGGCUGCUAUCCGGAGGGGGCUCAAUGCAAACCUGGCGGGGGGCCCACCCUCAGCUACAGCGCCGAUCCGUCCGCCGAGGAGCGAUACGACUUUAAAACCAUCCAGAACAUCGACUGCUACAACACGGACUUCUGCGUGAAGGUGCGACACGGCAUGCGGUACUGGAACAUGACGGUGCAGUGGUGGCUGCGGCACUACGUCUACCCCAACGCCCCCUUCAGGUCCUACACGCUCAGGGCCGCAUGGACCAUGUUCAUCAGCGCCUACUGGCACGGCCUCCACGCCGGCUACUACCUCUCCUUCCUCACCAUCCCGCUGUGCAUCGCCGCCGAGUCGGCCAUGGAGGGCUCCGUCCGGGCCCGGCUGGGCCCUCGCGGCCAGGCCGUCUUCGACUGGGUCCACUGGUUCCUGAAGAUGCGGGCCUACGACUACAUGUGCAUGGGCUUCGUGCUGCUCAAGGCCUCCGACACCAUCCAGUACUGGUCCUCCAUCUACUUCGUGGUGCACCUGGUGGCCGUGGGCUGCAUCGCGCUGGGCGGGGCGCUCAAGGGGGGCAGGAAAAGAGACAAGGAGAAGAUGGAGGGGGGGCAAACCGCAAACGGAGAUAAAACGGACUGAUUGGAGGACUUCCUUUCCCAACAUUAUUAUUGUUAUUCUUUUUACCGUAAUGUCGAUCACGCCAACAAAACUAUUAUGUCUUUGCUUCACUUCCUGUUUUACAUGCCAACUAUGUCGUCCAUCCCAUAAUUGCUCAUUUGUUACACCUAACCCCCCCCUCACCCUGGUACAUGCUUUUAUACACAGCAUCUUAUUUUCUGUUAUUAUAUCUACUGUACUGGAGCGUAAAGGUGACUAUAGGGGUGCUAUAGCAUGUCCAGAGGACUCUAAUCAUCUUCAAAGGUGUAUUUAGAAGGUGAUAAACGGGUUUUCUAUGUCCUUUUUUUGUCUCUUAUGGCUACUGUAUUGGGUAAUAGGAGCGUAAAGGGGACUAUAGGGGUGCUAUGGCAUGUCUAGAGGACUCUAAUCAUCUUCAAAGGUGUAUUUAGAAGGUGAUAAACGGGUUUUCUAUGUCCUUUUGUCUCUUAUGGCUACUGUAUUGGGUAAUAGGAGCGUAAAUGUGACUAUAGGGGUGCUAUGGCAUGUCUAGAGGACUCUAAUCAUCUUCAAAGGUGUAUUUAGAAGGUGAUAAACGGGUUUUCUAUGUCCUUUUGUCUCUUAUGGCUACUGUAUUGGGUAAUAGGAGCGUAAAGGUGACUAUAGGGGUGCUAUAGCAUGUCCAGAGGACUCUAAUCAUCUUCAAAGGUGUAUUUAGAAGGUGAUAAACGGGUUUUCUAUGUCCUUCUGUCCCUUAUGGCUACUGUAUUGGGUAAUAGGAGCGUAAAGGGGACUAUAGGGGUGCUAUGGCAUGUCUAGAUGACUCUAAUCAUCUUCAAAGGUGUAUUUAGAAGGUGAUAAACGGGUUUUCUAUGUCCUUCUGUGUCUUAUGUCUACGGUAUUGGGUAAUAGGAGCGUAAAGGGGACUAUAGGGUGUAAAGGUGACUUUGUUUAGAGGGAAUUCACUUAUCACGAUAUGGUCUGGAAGCAAUUCACAGCGAUAAACGAGGGAUGACUUUACCCAGCUUUUGCUUAGCUGUGUAGCCUCUGUUAGCCUCUGUUAGCCUCUGUUUACCUCAGCUUGAACCAGUGUUAUUUGUUAUACAGCACAUUUCAUCUACACUUUGGGUGCUUUGUUGUUCUUUAUGUUUAUAAGAUAAAUAUAAGAUAAAUAUUAUUCAAUAUUCUUGGAUGUUACGCAAAGGAUGGGCCUGCAUUCCGACCAAAGCUGCCAUUGUGCCCUAAUUGCCCUUAUUUCCUAG